UAUAGGUCAUUAACCACUAGACAGCCGUUACGUCUCGUCUAUGCUUGCGCUUUUUCUUUAAAAUAGUAAAUAUAAAAUAACUAUACUGUACUAUUUGAAACACCAAUUUUUUUCUCAAAAUGAAUACCGUAAAUGUACAAGAAUGCUGCCGAGUGUCCAUAAGAUUUUAGUACACGGUUCGAGAGCCAUACAGCUUGCUCAUUUUCCUAUGGGGAUUUCGUCCGGAGAAGCGCAAGAAGCACGAAACAAGGACUACAUAAGAUUUAGGCGACAAAACACUCGUAAAACCUCAAGAAUAGACACCAAUGCAGAUAUUUUACAUAUGUUUUUAAUUUCCUCUGAUCCUCUCAUUACUUCUAAAAGUACACAAAAUGUAAAGAAGAAAAAUAAUAAAUUAUGUUCUGAAGCAAUGAAUUUAUCAAGUGAUAAUAUAGAAACUCAUACUACUAAAGAUAUAGAAUUAGAUUCGAAUGAUAGUACUGAAGACUCGGAUUCAAGUGACUGUUCUACAGACAUUGAUAGUGAUGAAAGUUGAAUUUUUUUUUAUAAAUUAGAAACUUAGUAAUUUUAUGUAAAUAUCU